AAGCGAUGUAUGUAACAGUAACAUCUAUCUACCUUGGGCUUUCAGUCCAGUCAGCGUAGAGCUUCUGCUGACACAUUAGGGAGUGAAAUUAGCGGAUUGUAUUGAUUAAGGCGGACACCUGCCCUACAGGGAUACAGACAACGGAAUGGAGGCUCAAUGGUUACGGAUGCUGCUAACUUUUAACACUUCAACGAACAUUAGUGAGUUUCUUGGGAUGUUAGAUGAGUUCGGAUUACAUCAGACUCGACUAAAAGCUGACACUAUCACCCUCACACUACUGUAUAUACCAAUAUUCAUACUGGGCAUGGCGGGAAAUAUCUUUAUAGCUCUCAUCAUUGCCUCAAACAGACACUUGAGAAACUCGACAAACUUAUACUUAAGUAACAUGGCCCUAGCGGACUUGUGCGUGAGCCUAAUAUGUGUCCCUAUGGCCGUGGGUCAAGCUCUCUAUCGAGUAUGGAUAUAUGGAGAAUUCAUGUGUAAAGUAACGGUUUAUCUUCAGGGUGUGACAGUAGCGGCCAGUAUCUACACUAUCGCCGUUCUCAGCAUAGAUCGGUUCCUUGCCAUCAGACAUCCAAUGAUAUUUCGGCGGGUGAGCAACACUAGAUCUGCUGUGAAACUGAUAACUGUGAUCUGGGGGUUGUCCAUAGCCAUUAUGUGUCCCUUGUUGUUCAUGAGGCGGGUGGACGUGGUAUCAGUUAUACCAGGCGAGCCGCUAUACUUGUGUAACGAGGUGUGGCCACAUUCUGGACAUCGUCAAUUGUACGACCUUCUUCUGUUCGCCAUUUUGUACGCUGUACCGGGUGCCAUAAUCGGUACUUCCUACAGUCUUAUAGGAAAGGAGUUGUGGACAGAGGACAAGGAUUUACAACGGACGGAAUCAGAGACGAGUCGUGGUCUUGGUAAACAUGUCAUGAACGGACGGAAGAGGGUGGCAAAGAUGUUGAUAGCACUAGCCAUCCUAUUCGCUGUGUGUUGGUUACCGUAUCAUAUCGUAAGCCUCUACCUAGACUUCCACAAACGUGAUAUACAACCAUUUCUCACGGUACUUCCAUUUACCAUUCUUUUAGGACAUGCUAAUAGCGCUCUUAACCCAGUUUUAUAUUUUUAUUCAAGUAAAAGUUUCCGAAAGUACCUAUUCAGAUUUUUAAAAUGUAAAAAAAGAAGUGCAAAACGAAAUUUCGCAGUCAGAUAUAAUCCUCCUAACGGUGCUGUAGAAGUGCGAACCACAAAUCGACCGCGCAUGCGUGUAAUAUCGUCCAGUACAUUAACAAGAACAAGAUCUACAGACAGUUUUCGGUUUUCACGAUCGUCAAAUGCAAGUUUUAAAUCCACAAACACAGGAACAAGAUCAAGAGAUACAGGAAAUUCAUCAAGAGAUAGAUGUAUAUCAAGAGAAAAGUGUUACUUCAGAAUGGAUACAAAAGCCUUUAACAUUAGUACACCAGGACAGGAGAAAAAAUACGAAACUAUCAAGGCACUUGUUUAUGCUCACAAAAGGGAAAUUCUUGAUAGGUCUCUCAGUAUCCCUACAACAAUUAACGAGGAAAGCAGUAGAAAGGAAUCGCUUACACCGGGGGUUCGGCCCCAGACUAAUCAGCAGCUUAUUCCUCAGAUUCCGGAAGUGGAGGAAAACAUAUAGCUGUGUAGUAUAAACAAAGGUGGAUUAAGUAAAACCAAAUCGAUUGUUAUUCACCAUUUCCUCUCCAGUUCGUGGACCAAUGUGUGGUGAUAGAUCACUAAGCAGGUGGUUUAUUAUGGGACUUAAUUAAACUAUCGUGGCCGUCAUUCUUAAUGAAAUUUAAUUAUUCAUCAUGUCAGGUCAAUUGUAUCUUGUUAAUUAAAAAGAGCAUUGUCGUCAGCAUUCCUGUUGUCCCCAUUGUGUUCAGCAGCCGGUAUAAAUAAUAAGUUUUGUGAUCCAGAAUAUCAUCAAUUGGAAGUGCUUUUCGCUGAUGGACGGGGUUAUUCUUUCAUGUUGAUAUUGCUAUUCAAAUGUUUCCCUCGACAGAGAUAGAAUAAAAUUGAUACUAAAUUUG